AUGGCGUUCAAGUUUGUCCUACUCGUGGCAUCUAUUGCCUGUGCCAGCGCUGGAUACAUCCCGACCGGUCAUUCUUACGGCUCAUCCUUGAGUUACUCCACCAUCCAUAAGAAUGUGGCUCCAGUUGUGAGCAAGACGAUCAUUCAGGAGCCUCAGCUGUAUCACGCUCCCUCGGUUGUGGUCAGCAAGCCUCUGGCGCUUACUGAAGCUCUUCCAGUAUCCUACAAUGCUCCCCAGUCCCUCUAUCAGGCCCCAGAAUAUGUGAAGAACUUCGAAUACGCCCCGAAGCAGCUGUCUUAUGCUCCAAUUGGCAAGACCUUCCUUGGUGAGCCGUCUUAUGGCAAGACCAUCAUUGCUGAGCCGUCUUAUAGCAAGACCAUCAUUGCUGAGCCGUCUUAUGGUAAAACCAUCAUCGCUGAGCCGACUUAUGGUAAAACCAUCAUCGCUGAGCCGUCUUAUGGCAAGACCAUCAUUGCUGAGCCAGCCUACGCCAAGACCAUUGUAUCUGAGCCGAUCUACACCAAGAACGUGUACGCUGAACCAAUCUAUCAGUCGAAAUCAUUGAUCGCAGAGCCAGUGUACGGAAAGAGUAUCCUGGCUCAGCCAGCUCAGAUCUAUGGAGGAAAGGUUCUCUCCUACGCACCGAACGUCGCUUAUGGGGGCAUCGCUUCGCACGGAUGGUAG